GAAAAAAAGGUGUUUGCUUCAAGAAUCCACGAUGGUUGGGUUGGGAGGAAGAACGGGAGUGAGUCUCGGGUGGUCUCAGCUCUGGAGCGACUCGCUGAGCUCGUCGCGCGGUUUCUAUACGUGAGACAGAUUGUAGCGGGAUUCGCGAACGAGAACACGCGUUCCCGCGCUGUUAUUUUGUUCCUGCUCCUCGUUCUCGUUGAUUGCGUCUUCUCAUUGCGAGUAUUGUGCACACUUCAUAAUCCGCGUGUUUCGUCAGCUAAAGUAACGUGUGCAUAUUUGUUUUGCAAAAAAAAAAACAAAAAUAUAUAACGUUACACGAUUAAAAUCAGUGAUGGCGUUAAGAAAUAACCCGUGACCCACCGCGAUUUUUCAAUGGUUCGAACCGUCAGUGCUCAAAAACGAGAAGAGAGACGCUCGUCGUGUCGUAUGACGUUUCUUAAGAAUUCUCAAAUACGGUUUACACCAGUCCGCUGUUGAGCAAACUCGCGUCGUCAGCACUCUCAACGAUAAGAGAGAAACGCUCAGUUUUGACGAAGACGAAAAAUGCAAAAGGAUCUCUCGCUCAUUCACGAUCGGUGUAAGAUGAACAAAAUCGUCCGCGUAUCGCCCGUAUUUAUAGUUUAAAUUUGUACCAGCCAGUGAAAAAUCACACCUCCGUUUAGUGCUCAAAAGAACAAACGUACCAUUAGAAAGCAAAGGAAGAAACGUUAGAUGUGAAAAAAUAAUCAAAGUCUUGACUAUAGAACAAACCAAAUAGGAAGAUAAAAUUCUAAAAAUUGUACAAUUUGUAAUUUAUUGUGAAAUAAAAUUUAAAACCAACUGAAAAUGGAUUGUUUCGUGUUUGAUUUAACGACGUGAUGGAAGUAAAUCACAAUUAUUGAACUUCAUCGUCAAUAUUGUGAGAUAACAUUUAGAAAAAAUAAACAAAAACUGAAUUGCUUCGUGGUGGAAGCGAUAAUGUAAAAACAUAAAAUAAUUGUAAAAAAAUGAGCAUCCUUGUUGAAGAAACAGUUCAGUGGACAGGAAGACAUAAAUAUGUAAUAAAAGAAAACCAAUAAACGUCAAAACAAAGAAAUCGUUUCAGUGUGAAGUGGUCGAUGGAAUAUCGAGAGGUUUUGAAACUUCCGUUUUGUGAAAAAGCACAGGAGCACACGUGUUUGAGAAACAACAAGAAUUCGAGAGCUAAAAGAAGAUUCGAAAGGUAUGCAUAUUCGAAGAAUGAUCGAUGAAUCGAGCGGCGUGAAUGCGGAUGGGGAGAGAAAAACGAGAUCGAGCGAAUCAUCGAGAAAGGACGAAGAUGAAGGGGAGGGUAAGGAGAAGGGCGAUGAUGAUUCAGGGACGAGUGAGAGAUGUGAGAAAGGAUCGACGAAGAAACAGCGUUCCACGAGGUAUGCGACGAUCGACAGCCUUGCGCUCAAAAGAGCGAGUCUACCGUUGCGAUUGUUAGCAACGGUGACAAUCGACGAUGAUGCCUGUGAUGAGUCUGCGGGCGAAAUCGUCCUUGCAACGACAACGCCGACAACGACGAAUCGCAAAAGCACACCGAGACGUCCGAGUUUCAAGGUUCGAUCCGGAGGCGCAGUAACGGAGCAUCCACGGAGAUUUCGAGCUCGCACGCGGACGCAUCAACAGCCCGGAACCGGAGGUGGGUCGUUCAAAGUGCAGCGGGCCAUUUCUCGAGGGAUCGGCGAGAGGCUCGCGAUGCUCGAGAGUCUGGUCGACGAGAACAAGCUCGGUUCCAGUGCGGCCGACAGUCCACCAGGAAUUCCAAGCGUUCCCGGGGAAAAGCCGGUCGCACCGGUCUACGAGGCCAUAUCCGAAUCAAUUGGCGAAAGAAAAGCGGACGAGGCGACUUCGAAACGCGCCCGUUCGCCCCUCGCCAAUUCGAGCUUUCUCUGGGGCGGUGCCGGCCGACCUGAACAGAAACGAGCCUCUCCUCGAAACGAGGCCAAGGUCGAAAUUUCUCCGGGCAACGAUGACGAAGCUACGACGACCAGUGCUGACGCUUACGACGACGUCGGUUUCUCCCCCGGUCACUUUCCCCACCGCGACGAGGAAGACGAGGACGCCGACUACGACGACGUCGGGCCUUCCUCCGUGGCCGAACGGAUCCCUGCGAACCGGUGCUCCACCGAGACUCUUCGGGACGACUCGAACCUCCAAAUCUACGACGACGUCGGCCCCAGUGCUCAACCGGAGCCGAAGACACCCGCCACGAGCCCGAGUGACAACGAGUACUCCUCCAUCGACGAAAACGACGAUGCCGACCUUCCGGACGAAACCUACGACGAUGUUCGAGCUCCCAGUCACGAGGAACGCGUCAACAGCCUGUACGCCGGAUUCGACGUAGGCCGACGAAUCAACAGCAAUGGUCGCGAAUCCGAAUGGGAAGAUUUGGAAGACGUCGCUGCACCUGGAGAACGCUCCGACCGAGAAAAAAAAACCGACUCUCGGUCACGGAGGAAAGUCGUCAACGGACGGUCCCGAGGAGCUGGACGACGCAAGUCGAGAACGGGGCGAAGGAGUCGACCGAACAGUCGCUACGCGAGUCGUACAGAUCUUGAAACGGCCAUCGACACCGCUUCGGACGAUUCGAAUUACGAGACUUUGUUCUCGUCGUUUCCGUCUGACGAGUUCAGCAGCGGUACCGAUGGCGAAGGCGACGAAGGCUCCGUCAAAAAUAAUUGGCCGCAAGGAAGUGGCGGUAACGAUGCCCGUCUCCAGCCGAUUCCUGGCCAGGAAGCACCCUCCAGACCGGUCCCACCACCUCCUCGAGAAUCAAGCCUCACCGAGAGUCUUGGCAAAAGAAUGAAAAUGCUCAGGAGAACGUGGAGCAUUACGAAGGGCAGCCUUGGACGGAUGCGAAGAAGAACGUCGACGACGAGCAACUGCGGGGAAGCGAACGAUCCGAACGGCCAACCUCUCGACGACGGGGCUAACAAAUAUUUUCACUCUGAUCCACGAAAGUAUUUCAGCUUUAAGAAACACUUCAGGAAAGGCACGAGUAGCUCCAACGUUACCGGACUCUCGAGGUUUUAUCUCGGAACUAGUGAUUUUCUCGAUAACGAAAGACUCUCGAGCAACAAUAAUCGCAGCAGUAAGGAAGAAAUUUAUAGCAAUUCUAGUGGCGAAUCCAAUUGGUAUACCAACUCAGAAUAUUGGAGAUCAAGCGAUGGCGGGGGAAGCGAAAAUGAGCAUCAUUACAAUGUCCUCGAUGUGGAACCGCUGUACCAGUUUUAUGCAGCUGCGGCGGCAGCCCGAGUCGCUUUUGAGUCAGAUUCCGAGGGCUACGAAGAGGUCGAAGAUCCUAUGCCGUGUUCGCCAUCGUCAGCUUUCGACCUAGCCAAACCUGGACACAGAACUCUCUGGUGUCAGACGCCCCGGGUGAAAGAGGGCGGUUUCCUUCAACGACUGACGCCCGACGAGAAAAAGUGUCAAGAAGCGAAAUUCGAAAUCCUCACUUCGGAAGCUUCGUACUUGAACUCCCUUCGCGUGCUUGUCGAUGAAUUUUUAAACAAUCACGAUCUCGUCCACGAAGUUCUUACACCAAGCGAAAGGGACAAACUCUUUGGCAGAGUCCCUGGGGUCCUAAUGGCUUCGGAAAGCUUGCUCGCUGAACUCGAAACUGUUUGGAAUAACGAUCCUAUGCUCCCGGGUUUGCCGGAAAUCUUGUUGAAUUAUGCGCAAAGAUCUUCGCUCGCCUACGUCGCUUAUUGCUCCAACCAAGUCAGCAUCGACUCGACUCUCAAAGACUUGAGGAGUAAAAAAGGUUCGAAAUUCGUCGAGACGAUAUCGAGAAUAGAGUCUCAUUCCGCUUGCCAGAAUCUCACUCUACACUCGUUUCUCAUGUUGCCAAUGCAACGAGUCACAAGGUUGCCACUGUUGGUGGAUGCCGUUUUGUCAAAACUGUCGGCUGAGAACAAGGAAGAGCGAAAGCGCUGGGAAAUUGCUCUUUCCCAAUUGGGUCAAGUCGUUAUGGAGUGCAACGAAGGAGCUCGAGUAGCAGGAAGAUUUGCAGAAACGGAAGCCCUGGAAAGGAAACUUGAAUAUUCACAAAAAAUACCACCGAUCGCGUUGCGAGAUCGUUACUUGAUACGACGAGGUCGCGUCGUUCAAAUGCUCGCCAAAUCGGACGUUGAUUAUAAGCUGACUUUUGGCAAAAAGUAUCACAAGACUUGUCUCUACCUCUUUUUGUUAACGGAUCAUCUCCUCAUCGCAAAACCCAAGUCAAGCACGAACGAAGAAACGUACACGGUGGUCGACACCUGUAAAAGGAAUCUAAUCGAACUGGAAAAAGUUAGCGAAGAUUCUCCUUUCGCUGGACGCAACGCGAUGAUGCUGACUUUACUAGAAAAUUAUUCCGGACGUCACGUUGAGUACAUUUUGACUUGCGAGAGUCCGACGGAGCGAGAGCGUUGGCUCGACGCGAUUUCACCUGCCACUCCGAGUCUGGUAGGUGAAUCUUUGUACGAAACUUGGGACUGUCCUCAGGUAAUGGUUCUCUAUCCUUACGCAGCGGCCCAACCCGACGAACUGUCAGUUCAACCAGGAGAAGUAAUAAACGUUCUGAGGAAAAUGAGCGACGGUUGGCAUCUGGGUGAAAAACUUUUGGGCGGAGAACAAGGCUGGUUCCCUGGUAAUUACGCCAAGGAAGUCGCUUCGGAGCACGUCAGAGCGAAAAAUCUUCGUCAACGUCAUCGCCUGAUGGCUCUCAACACGAGCGUCUCCCAACAACGUAAAAGAGUUUGAGUCGAGAAAAAAAUUAGACAGAAAGCGAAGAGCGGCAUUAUUUAAAACUCAUUUUAUUCUGUAUUGUAUCAUUGUUAUAAAAUAUAAAUUUUAUGCGUUUAACAAAA